AUGGCGGCGCUUCGGAAGGAGGCGGAAAUGAGAAUGUUGAAGAACGCUGGGGCGAGAAGGACGGUUGUUGUGAAAGUGAAGCAAGUAGAAUUGCCACCGCCACCACAUUACUCCCGAAAAGGACGACUCUGCAAACCGGUAAAAUUCCACGGCUCUGUCGUCACCAAAACCGUGCGAAGGAUGAAGAAGAACCCCGCUACGGAUGUA